GGGGUCGUGGGUCCGUCGAUGGGAGCCUAUAGAGAGUAUCCCCUUUCAUUCCCCAAUCCGCUGCCUCCUCUUCCCCGGACCCUCCCCAAAUUCCCGCCUCCUCUCCUCCUUCCCACUCCAUCGCCUCUGCACCCUGGCCGUCGUCCCUCGUCAGCCGCCGCCGGCCUUCUCGCUGGGGUGGAGGAGUAGGGGAUCCCACCAGAUCCGACCUGCAGGCAAAGGGCGACGGCGGGGGCGCUUGAUUCUAUCCAGCACCAACGCCAUGGACCGGUCCGUGCAGGAGAGAGAUGAGGGAGAAAGAGAGAGCAAAGAGGAGUGGCGGAUGACGAGAGGAGGGAGAAAGAGAAAGGAAAUAGGAGAGGGAGGCUCGGCAGCGGACGGGACAGGGUCGCCGGCCGGUGUCGGCCUGCGCCGGCGAGGUCGCUCGCCCAGCUGCCAAGGAGGGAAAGGCGACGGGGACCGGCAUCCAGGGCGGCGGCGGCGGGACUACAGGAACUGGCCGAGGUGGUCCUCGCCAAACAAGCGGGUGGCAGCAAGUUCCUUUCCAACUUGUUGUUCAUGGCUUGCUUGCCAACCACAGGUGCUCCCCACGGUGAGGAAUGGACGCGCUCAACGCCUUCCUUCCCAACCAGGUGCUCCUGUAUCUCUCUCUACUAAUAUGAGAAAGAAGAAAUAGGACCAAGAAAAUUAGUUGCUCAUAUAUUCAUGUGUCGUGCAGAGAAGAACCCGAAUGGAGAACUUGGUAUGCCGAGUAAUAUGCAGGUACAGAAUUAUCAUCAUAGCAAAUAGAAUUAUCUGAAUAUUGUUUGGAGGAUAACAAUUCCUCAAAUUGGCUCAUUUAAUUUAGACAGUACGCCCAGUUAUUGUUGUCUUGGUUACUCCAUUCACUACAAAAAAAUACACUUCCGUGAUGAUACGUGUUUGUCACAAUAAGUCGCGUUUUUUGUCAUGCAUGUACAUCCAUGAAAAAUUUAUGACAGAAUCAAGAUAGUCAUA